CCUACGACGGGAUGGCGACGGCUUCUGGCGUCGGGUCUUCUAAACACCAGGCAUUGACAUGCGGGACUAUGAUGUUGGCUCGGUUGGCGAGCCGGAGGGUGAUGCAGGUGGCGGAGCGGGUGAGCCGGAGGGUGACGAUGAUCCGUCGGUGUCGGUCGUCGGUGGCGUCCUCUCGGCAAGCACCUUGCGCACGGCUGAGUGAGGCACAUGAAUCCACACAGAGACAGUGAGCAGGUUGGUGGUGGUCCAGUGUGUGUGGUGUGGUGUGGUGUUUGCCGCUCCAUCUCUGUACCUGCAAGGGUCUUCGCGCAGUAGUCGCGUGCCGCCUGCUCCAGGCGGUCUGCCGUCUUGCUCUGCCCGAACACCGCCACCUUCAUGAACAACUCCAAGGCGGGCAUCGUCACGCCUGACAGACGGCACUCUCCUUUGGCCGCGUCGUAGGCCUUCUUCGUGGUCGCCCUGUAGGCCGUCUCCACCUCCUCUGCCGUGACGCUCUUGGCCCCGCACUUCCUGAAGAGUGCCGUGAUGUCGGUCUCGGCCUGCCGCAGCAAGUCGUUCACCCCGGCAGUGACGGGCAGCGCCAGCAGCAGGACCAUCCACGCCGCACACAAGUAGUCGUAGGCGACGGUGGUGGUGGGGAAGGGCGGCAGAGCGUCUCCCUCGCGGUGCAGGAUGGUCUUCAUGUGGGCGAGACUCACCAGGGGCGACGGGGGGACAGUGGUCACGGGAGGAGCCUCACGCGUGGUGGUUGUUGGGAAUGGGGCAGACAGGAAGCCGGCGCUCUCCAUGUCGAUCAUGGCCACCUCGCCGUUGCGGCCUCGCAGCAAGAUGUUCUUCCAGUGCAUGUCGUUGUGGCUCAGGCCACGAGCAUGCAGGGCCAGCAUCUGCUCGAUGGUGUUGACGGCGAUGAUGGCGUCGAGCAGCUGGUCGCGUCGAGAGGGGUUGCUGACAUGCUGGUAGACCGAGAUGGCUGCAAUCAAUUAGCAAAAUACACCCACAGACACAUCAGUCAGAUGUGGACGUGUUCUUCCUUCCUCUCUCUCCCUGCGUGCCUGUGCCAUACGUACCAUCGCCUAUCUUCUCCAUGAUGAGGCAGAUGCCAUCACCGGCCGUCUCGACAGUCGCCUCUAUCUGCCCGUCCUCACCCUCACCCUCACCCGUCACCACGACUAUCUUGGGCCGUAGCCGGGGUGCGUCCGCGACCACACCCAGCACAGCUGGCGCCAACAGCAGGCUCCCGUCGCGUGUGAGCGCCCCACUGUCCCGGUCGAGCCGCAGCUGCGGUGGUGUUUGCCGCGUCGCGGAGCCGGUCGGCUUCCCACCUCAGCCGCUUGACGAGGUCGACCACCUUCUGCCGCUCCUCCUCCCCCACCCUCGUCAGGACUUGAUCCGCCUCACUCGAGACGAACUUGGCCACGGCCUCCCGCUGCUCGGCUCGGCCCCCUUCGCUGCUCACCAGCAGGCCCGCGAAGACCUCGAAAUCACCCCUGCCCUCGCCCAUCUUCCUGGUCGGCUCGAAGGCCAUCUCUGCCGUCAGCUGCACAUGUGUGCUGCUGUCGUCGUCAGUGGGCGACGUUGGCACUGGCGGAGGCGAUGGUGGGGGUGAUGGUGGGGGUGAUGGUGGGGGGAUGGGGAGCUCCGCUGAUGGCUGCACGUUGUGGCCUCCGACUAGAGGGCUAGAGGGCUGCUCACACAACUCUGAACGGAAAGAAACACAACCAAGAGACAACGAUUGGUCAGGUGUUGACUUCCUGCUGGUUUCCAGUGCAUCCACCCCUUGCUGACCACUCUCAACAUCUACACAAUUGGCAGGGAAUGCUCUCCCUCCUUCGGCGGCUCUCUCGGCUGUCUUGCCCUCUUCUGCCCUCUCCCCGGCGUCUGCACUUGUCACUUCUCCCUCCUCUGCCUCUGCGUCACUGUGUUGUUGUGCGGCGGUGGCGCUGCUGUGUGGCUGGGCGGGGAGUGCGAAGGCCUGGUUGGCUGGGGCUGUUGGUAUUGGUGCGGCUGAUGGGUGAUCGUCGUGAGUCCCUCGGUCGGCGGCCCUCUCCUCACCCUCAACAUGCCCCUCAUCCCCCCUCCUCACGUCCUCGUCGGCCCUCUCUCGGUGCUGAGGCUGCUCAUCGACGGGCCCGUCCUGGUGCAGGUCCGCUAGCUGCCGGUCCUGCCGGGUGGGCGACUCAUGGCCAUCGUUGUUCAGCCCCUGGGGCACAUCUGUCGCUUCAUUAGCGUGGGGCUCCUGUUCCCUCUCCUCCUCACCCUCCCUCCCCUCUCCCUCCCUGAAACUCGCCGCAGAUUGCAGUGGUGGCAUGGCGGUGGGGAUGCCUGCAAUGUUAGGCCGUGCCGUUGGCCUGUGUGGCUGCGGCGGCGGCGCUGCUGGGUGUGGGGCGUAGACGGGGGGCGCCAUGGCGGCUGCUGGUGGUAGGAAGCCCCACCCAGAGUUGAACGCGGCUGGCGGGACUGCUGCAGUGGGGAUGGGCAGGGGGGGAUGCAGCAGGUGCGUCGCGGCCAGCACGGCGUGUGACGGCGCAUGGCGGGCAUGCGCGUCCAUGGGCGCGGUCGCACCCUCCACGUUCUGCCAGGCCCGAAGGCAAGGCGGAACCGUGAAGGGGUUGACUCGCGACUUGCAAGGCCACGUGUUCCUCGGCAGUUGUGGCGGCUUGCGCGCAGGCGCCCUGUGGCGCUUUUGAGCGGGUAUCCGCUCGAGUGGCCUUCGCGUGGGCACGGUGGGUGGGGGCGGCCACAUCAUGUAGGGGUGUUGCUGGAGGUGCUGAUGCUGAGGCAUGUGCGGCGGAGGGAGGCCGGGUGCCGCUCCUUUGAAAAUGAAGUGCUGCUGCUGUUGUUGCACGUGUGAUGAAGGCAUCAGGCGUGGCGCUUGAUGUCGGGAUAGCGGAAGGGGG